CUCGAUCGAGGUUCGUCAGAUAAUUCGAAUCGACCAGGUGUUCGACAUCGGCUUGGUUACAACGAUCACUAUCCAGUAUCCACCAGCUGCACAGUAUCAUAAGACAUACGAUCGCUAUGAGGUCCACAAUUACCACCACGAUCAAGCGAAACGUAUCCAGCUUGAAGUGCACCCCAGCGGCUGUCCGGUAUGCAAGCUCUUUUUCAAAGUUCGACUGGGAGGACCCGCUGGACUCUACAUCCCUCUUGACCGAAGAAGAAGUGGCUAUCCGGGAUACGGCGAGAGAUUAUUGUCAAGAAAACCUGAUCCCCCGAGUGAUCGAUGGGUACAGACACGAAAAUUUCGACAAGAAUAUACUCGCCGAGAUGGGUUCCCUCGGAUUGUUGGGAUGUACGAUCAAGGGACACGGAUGUGCCGGGGUUUCAAGUGUCGCUUACGGGCUGAUCGCUAGAGAGGUGGAACGGGUGGACUCGGGGUAUAGGUCCGCGAUGAGCGUGCAAUCGAGCUUGGUCAUGCAUCCUAUCAACGAGUUUGGGACCGAGGAGCAGAAAGAACGGUUCUUGCCCAAGUUGGCCAAGGGGGAGAUGGUUGGGUGUUUCGGCUUGACCGAGCCCAACCACGGCUCAGACCCUUCGUCCAUGGAGACCACCGCCAAAGAAGACCCAGCUACAGGUGGCUACGUCCUCAACGGGUCAAAGACUUGGAUCUCGAAUGCGCCUGUAGCGGAUCUUUGUCUGGUCUGGGCGAAAUGCGCUUGGGAUGGCAAGAUCCGCGGGUUUUUGGUAGAGACCGGCACUCCCGGCCUUGAGACCCCGGCGAUCAAGAACAAGCUCGCCCUUCGAGCAUCCCUCACAGGAUCCAUCUUUAUGGACAGCGUCAAGAUCCCCAAAGAGAACAUGCUUCCUGGUGUACAUGGGUUGAAGGGCCCGUUCUCUUGUCUGAACAGUGCGAGGUACGGGAUCAGUUGGGGUGUCAUGGGAAGUCUAGAGGACUGUAUCGCUAGGGCCAGGGAGUACGGGUUGGAGAGGCAACAAUUCAAGCGCCCUCUCGCAAGUUUCCAGCUGGUGCAAGCGAAAUUAGCAAAUGCCACAACGGAAGCCACUCUCGGCGUAUUAGGUGCAUUGCAGCUCGGACGGCUGAAGGACGCUGGAACAUGGAAUCCGGAGAUGGUCAGUAUGAUGAAGAGGAACAACUGUGGCAAGGCGCUCGAGCAUUCCAGGCGGUUAUUGGACGUUCUUGGAGGGAACGCUUGCAGUGACGAGUACCAUAUUGGACGUCAUGCUGCGAACCUGCAGGUCGUCAAUACGUACGAGGGAACACAUGACAUUCACGCCCUGAUUCUCGGUAAAGCGAUCACGGGUCACUCCGCAUUCGCUUGAGGUUGAUGCCGACUAUACUACUGUAUGAAACACGAGACCUAAGGAGGACAGGAAAGAACAAGGAAGACUGGUAUUAUAGCAUAUCGUCAAGCAAUCGAAACAGAGGAAUGUGCUAUGGUGCCGCUAUGUCGCUAUCACGAUGAAACGGAUUAUCCAAAAGAUGUGGAUAUCGCAGAAAGCGUCAGAAUAUGCUGAUCUUGCCUGGACUAGAUAAGCUAGACAUGCAGUGCCAAAUCGCAUCACAGCGCCGGCGAUAUACAGCAGGGUACAUGUACCGCUAAUCUUCGGUCACGUGAUGAAUCAGCCCG